AUGCGCCUCGCUUGUGUCGCUAAGGGGGUCACCAUCGAAUCUGUGAUACCGUCAUCCCAUUGCGAAUUUUGCGUUAUCGCAAAACACCCGUGCAAUUUUCACCUGUCCGGAUCAGAACGUGCAUCUCGCAUUCCCGACCUUGUUAAUUACAACGUCUGUGGUCCAAUCCCCACUGUCACUCCUCACAGUAAGCGUUAUUUCACUCUCUUCCUGGAUGAUCACACGCACGCUCUUGACCUCGACAGGUGCACGGCGACAACCAAGGCUUGGUUCUUCCUCCGCGAGUUGCAUCUAUCCAGGCUGUCGCCUGUGCAGAUGCAGAAACUGAUAGCUGCUCUUGGCGGGGGUGGGUUCUUGUUUCCAGGAGAUGGACACACGCAAGGAAUAAUACCACAAUCCAUUAUGCAGCAGCCUUUCCCCGCCCAGCCACCACCCCAGCCGCAGCCGCAAGCUCAGUUGCCCCAGCAGCACACAAACGCCAAUCCAGCACAACUAAUGCCGUACGACCCCCCACAAGACCUUUGCAUGGAAAAACCCGUGGGGACCAAAACCCAGCACUUUGAUGAUAUCUGCGAAACGGAGCCUGAAGACGAAGAUGAAACAUACCCCACCACCACCCGCCCAGGCCGCAACCGCAACCGCAGCCAGAAAUGGUUCAUCUCUCCUGAUCUCGUUCAACUCCCGCCAGGAAUUAUCGACAUAUCUCAUGGUUUCCUCCAACUCCUGUUCCCUCCGUAA